AUGUCUAGCUCCGCCUUCAUGGCACCGGUCACCUUGGCACUGCUUGGAUUCUGCCAUGCAGCUAUGGCAACUCCGAUAGAAGACGUGUCGCCGCCCGCCGUAACGCAGCCUCCACAGGUUGCCACUGCAGUCGGUCAGGCAGAGGAGUUCAUAUUCACUGUGAUUAACUCUCACACGGCAGCUGUCUCUACUCUACAUGUAGCAGGCGCCGGUAGUCCGCCGGUAACCAAGGUGGUAAACGAGGCGAAUACUAUCGCGCCGGGAGAGACCAUCUCGUUCGCGGCCCCAACUGGGUGGUUCGGACGACUGGCCUUGUAUGAGCAUGGGUACGAUAUCGUUGAUCGCGCUACCCUGCUGGAGGGGUCCUUUUUCAUGAACGGUGACCAUGCGUCUAUGGCGAUGGACGUCAGCUAUGUGGACGCUUUCACCGUCCCAGUGGUUUGCGAGUGUGAGGGCAAAGUGCAAUUAGGUUGCAACCUCGACUUGCAAGAAGUGUGCCCGAAAGAGCUUCAGUUGAACGGCAAGACUUGUGUAAAUCCGUACAGAGACGAUCCGCAGCAUCCACCUGGAGCCGAGAACAUCUUCAAGGAUUGUCAAGGUAUAGCCUAUACAUUUCCUACCGAUGACCUCGCCACCAAGGUGGACCUACCUGGCUGUAGCCGCAGCAUCACAUGCUGCAUAGGGACAGCUUGUAAGCACCAUCCUGGGCAGUUGAAGUGUCCCAUGAAGGAUGGUUAUGCACAGGACUGUGCUAAGGGUGCGUAAUGGAAUAUUCAAUUUGCAGCGUGGGCGUAUAGAGGUAUUGAUACAUGCCUACCUAAGGUAGGUACCUAAGGUAUCUAGGUACUCUGGCAGUCAC